GUCAGGCUCCACUCCCUGUCCCAACAGGCUCUACCACUUCUGAGGAAUCGAACCAGCCAUGUUGGAUUGUGGGCGGAGCUUAGAGUGACGGUUCUACUGGAUCUACUGAGACACUGGCCUGGAGAACGGUUCUGCCUGGAACCAGCAUGCAGGCCGGUCUGAGGAGGAACACGGUGAAGGAUCUGCUCAUCAUGAAGCGCCAGCAGAAGAGAACCUGUUCUCCGGACGAGCAGCGCGGAACCAAACAGCCCAGGUUCCAGUGGAACCUCGACGCCUUCGGCUCUCCGGACGGAACCCGUGACGUUCCUCCUCCACCUCUUCACCACCUGCAGAACGCUGAUCCCCCCUGCGGUUCCCCCGGUUCCUCCUCCGGUUCCCAGGAGAACAUGAGUCUGUUCCACUGGCAGGUCCAGCAGGCGGAGCGCAGGGUGAAGCUUCUAACGGCGGAACAGCUCAGCGACCAGGACGAGGACGGAGACACGUUCCUGCACAUCGCGGUGGCUCAGGGGAAGCGUUCUCUGUCCUACGCUCUGGCCAGCCGGAUGUCUCAGACCGGUUCUCUGGACCUGAAGGAACACAACGGACAGACGGCGCUGCAGAUCGCCGCCGCCUCCGACCAGAACCUGAUCGCCGGAGACCUGCUGAGACACGGAGCCCGCCUCGGAACCCGGGACCAGUGGGGCAGAACCGAGUUCCACGUGUGUGCCGAGAAGGGCCACCUGGCCACCCUGCAGAGCAUCUACAGGUUCCUGACGGAGAACCGACAGCAGGCGGAUGUGGACAUGGUGAACUUUGAAGGUCUGACCCCGCUACACUCGGCCGUGCUGUCGCACAACGCCGUCCUGAGAGAGCACAGAACCCUGAAGGAACCCUGCCAGUUCAUGAGCCGCCAGCUGGAGAACCGCAGGAACCGCCACCGCGACUGCGUCCGCACGCUGUUGCUCAUGGGCGCCAACUGUGGGGCACAGGACCUGAAGAGCGGUCGCACUGUUCUCCACAUGGCGGCGGAGGAGGGGAACCUGGAGCUGCUGGAGGUUCUCCUGCAGGCUUCCUCAGCCUGGGCUGCCGUCAACAGCAAGACGUUCAGUGGGAACUCCCCGCUCCACUGCUGCUGCUCGCUGUCUCCGCCCCGGCCGGAGGUCGUGACCUUCCUGCUGCGGCGCGGCGCCGACCCCGGAGCCCGGAACUCCGAGAACGAGGUCCCGGCCCAGCUGGUCCCUGAGGGCCCGGCGGGGGACCCGGUCCGGAGGAUGCUCGGGGGGAACCAGGGGUAGAGAACCAGAGAACCACGACAGAGAACACCGUCAGUCAGACGGUCUGCUUUACUCAUCUGCCAGGCGGCAGAUGUUCGUUGUUUCAG